CCCACGAGUUGUUUAUAUCCCUUUUGUCUCCAUUCAGAUUUUCUGUUUCAUUCUUCAAAGAAAUCUCAACGAUUUUCCACUGCAUUUUCUCUCGUUGCUUUUUAAUGUGUAAGAAGAACAGAGUAAAGCAGAUUAUUGCUAUCGACGCCAUUUUUACCGGUGAUUUUCAGCUACUUCACUAUUUCAUUCCAGUUUAAGUAGCUAUUUGCUGUUAUUUGAUUCGAUUUGACCGGUGAUUUUUAGAAAAAAAAAAAUUCUUUUUGGUUGAAAAAUUAAGCCGAAUUUCGACGAAACGAGGAUUUUUAGAUGAUUAUCAGCUCCAGUAGCUAUGUAAGGGAUUUUCCACUGCAUUUUACCUCGAUUUUGCAAUCGACGCCAUUUUUACCCAUGAUUUUCUGUUGAUUAUCAGCUCCAGUUGCUAUGUAAGUUAGAAGAACAAAGAAGAAUAUUCAAAGGAAAAUAGAGGGAAAAGAAUAACAAAAAAGAACAGAAGAUGCUGACAUGCAUUACAUGUAAGCAAAAAGUUGAAGAUGAUGGUGGAGAAGAAGGUAUUCAUGGGUCUCCCAAUACUAAAGAUUCUAUCAAAAGCCUGACUAAGCAGAUAAAGGAUAUUGUAUUGAAGGUCUCUGGUGCUUAUAGGUGCAAGUCAAGUAUGCCUACCAACAAUUACAAGAAAGGGCAUGGACCAUCUCCAUAUCCAUAUCCAUAUCCAGAGUUUGAUGCAAUCUCUGAGGGAGUUUUAUACAAUUACCAAAAUGGAAGUUCAAAUUCUACUCCAGCUUGGGAUUUUACAAGUGCUGGUCAUCAUCUCCAAACACCAGCUAGGACUGAUUCUAGAUUAAGUGAUGUGAUGCUAGAAGAUGAAGAGGAGGCUAAAGAAUGGACAGCACAAGUGGAACCUGGAAUUCAGAUUACUUUUGGUUCUCUCCCUCAUGGUGGAAAUGAUCUUAAAAGAAUCAGAUUUAGCCGGGACGUGUUCAACAAAUGGCAAGCUCAAAGAUGGUGGGGUGAGAAUUAUGACAGAAUUAUGGAGCUUUACAAUGUUCAGAGAUUUAAUAAGCAUGCUCUUCACACACCUUCACAGUCUGAGGAUGGGAGAGAUUCAAAUUAUUCUUCAAGGCCUGGAUCUGCAAGGGAAUUCCAACAACAUAAUGCUGGAUUAGGUGCUCGUGUUCCUAGUUUCCGAAAGGGUAGUGGGGCAUCAAGAACGACGACCUCCUCUAGAGACGAGGCAUCACUUUCUGUAAGUAAUGCUAGUGACAUUGAGUCAGAAUGGAUAGAACAAGAUGAGCCUGGAGUAUGUAUAACCAUCAGACAAUUAGUUGAUGGUACCAGAGAGCUACGUCGCGUUAGAUUCAGCCGUGAAAAAUUUGGGGAGGUGCACGCGAAACAGUGGUGGGAGCAGAACUGGGAGAGGAUACAAGCACAAUAUCUUUAGAUCUUCAUGUAUUCCAUAUUAAAUUAUCAAGCAUUUUCCACAACAUAUCAGGAUAUUCAAAGUGUAACAUUUUGCCGUCUUUUAGGUGAAGCCAGGGUUUGAACUUUAUGAGUUCUACAAUAGCACCAUCGGUGUUUGUAACAUGUCUCUGAGCUAAUUUUUCGUACACAGUAGAUUUGGUUGGUAAAAGACAUUAACCCAGUAUUUCAUGUUUAAUGUAUAUAUACGUAGCAAGUUCUUGUUUUGUC